AGUGCACCGCUCCACCAUGGCCAGAGUCGAGCCGGCAGGGCUCGCAUAAGUACUUCUGAUGAUCCCCCUUUCUCACACCAUCUUGCUUCUCUUUCCCAGCUCGUUACCACACCUCACGAUCUUGAUUGACUUUUCAAUCAUCCACUCUUUUUUGAGCUCGCUAUUGUUUUGCUUAGGUCUUUGACCUGUUACACUCGUUUUUUAACAUUCACCCCCCGUCCACUUACUCUAGUAUGCAAUAUUUGUCCGUCGCCUUGCCGCUGGCUGCUUUGGCCAGCGGCGUCCUCGCUAAUCCUGUGCACGGUGGUGCUUGCGUGAACAACGCUUGCUUGGCUGCUGUGACCGGCAAGGCUGCGUUGGGAGAUGGUGCGCUCAGAGCUUCUCACUGCUCCAGCUUCCUGGCAACAACCGUGACCCCGAUUGUCACCGUCACCGAGACCGUUACUGGCCACGGCAGCGACAACUGGAAGCGCGCCACCGUUGCGCUUUGCCCCAACGAGGUCCCCAACUACGCCAGUGCUUGCAACGAGGCGGCCUAUACCAGCGCAUGCUCAUGCUUUGGCUUCACCCAGGUGAAGACAACCACGGUUGCACCGACCACGACCACCAAGACCAUCUGGGUCAAGCCCACCGGUGGCUCCGGCUCCAGCUGCACGGUUGCUACCUCGACCCUGACCAGCACUGUCACUGGCACAACCACCGUCGUGAGCGGCAGCACUUGCCCGGUGGCUACUUCGACCACCGUCACUGAAACCUCCACCAAGAUUAUCCCGACCUAUAGCUCGUGCCCCGCAGCAACGACCACUACCGUUACCACCGAGGGAGUUGCCACUGCCACAACUAUCACCAUUACUAAGGAUGUCGCUGCGACGGCUACCACUGUCACUGUCACUGAAACUGCCACCACGACGCUGGGCAGCGGCACCUCUGGAGAGACUCCUUCGUCUUGCAUUGUGGACGAUGCUUUGGCCACCACCCUGGUCAACAACUUCAUGAUCUUGCUCGAGUUCACCUCGUACAACGGCACCCAAGGAGCCCCUGGCCGUGGCUACCAGCAAAACGUCUCCGACGCCACUUUGGCAUCCGACUUCAGCGAUAUCUCGGAUUCGAUCAACUUCAUGGCCGGUUUCCCUCUUGGCUCUGUCACUUUCCCCACCAAGCAAGCUUUCGAUUACGGCCAGGGUGUUCUCCAGCCCGAGGUUGCCGUCACUGCUCUUAACAUCUGGCACGACUGCAACUCCAUCACCUGGAGAUGGAGAAUCACGUCGACUCGCUUCCCUGUCAACGGUAUCAACCACAUGAUCAUUGACAGCGACGGCAAGAUCCAGAAGAACUACGCUGAGUUCGACAACGGUGCUUGGCUCCAGUCUUUCGGCCUGUCGUGCGCCACCAACCCACCCAGCGUGGCCUCCUCUGUCGCCCUCCGGGCCCGUGCUCUCGGUCUAGGCAUGUAAAAGGCGCAAGGUGCGUCGAGAAGGCGGUGGUAAUGUGCAGAGAGGAUGCAGAUGCAAGCGUUUUGAUUUCCAAUGGACAUAGAAGACACAGUCAAUCGUAUGCACAUCUAGGAUUUCAGGCAAAGGAGGGUAUUGCACAAGCUAGGAUGGUGUUCGUUUCCCUUGUCCCCAUGGUUCCCACAUCUUCAGGGCGAUUUUGAAAUGAUCGAUGAAAGCAUCGCUUUUUGCAUACUGCUUGACGGACUAAUGAAUUGCAUGGCAUGACCUGGCUACAGCAUGUCGCGGACUGUACAAUUGCGGAUUCUGUUGCCAAAAGUUCCCACUCCAACUGUACAUGCUGCUCUCCGUCAAAUGCGCAUCUGAAGAUAUAGGACGAUGGUGCAUGACUGUAUAUUCUGAGCACUUGACCAAUGCCAAGUGAUUCUUUGUUGAAGAAGCAUCUUCAUAGUCGAAGCGUGGAUGCUAACAAACCUGCUUCACAAUUACCAAUCAUGAGCUGACGGAACUCCGGCUGAGAAAGUCUACGACAACGGGCAGUGCUCGGGUUUCCGAAGUGUACAUGCAAGCAAGACUGUAUAAAUCCCACAGACUCUUCCGUACCCGAACUCUCUCU